GAGCUGCGAAGUAGAGAAAACAUGAGGCUGGGGGACAGCGAAGCAGAUGGCAAUCAAGUAGUUUGUAUAAAUACAAGGUUCAGCUCUCUCCGUGUUUAAGGCAGAGAGAGAUCCCAGUGUUCUUGCCAUAUCCCUUUAUCCUAGCCUUGCUAGCUCUCUCUUCUCUCUCUUCUCUGUUUCUUCAUUUCUCUUAAACAGAGAUUUCUGGCAGAAAAUUGAAGACCCAUUUAAUAUUUUUGAUCCCUGUUGGGUUUUCUUCUCAUGAAAAAUAGAGAUUAAUUGCAGACAUUUAGAGACACACUAUACACAGAAGAAAGAAAAGAUAGGUAAUACUUUCUGAGAUCAUGAAGCAUAAAGAUGGAAAACCAGGACCCCAAGGUACCAGGGUUUUCCCCAUGGCAAUCUUGUUUGUUGUGCUAUGCGGGUUUUCAUUCUAUCUUGGUGGAAUCUUCUGUUCUGAGAAGAACAGAAUUGAACCCUCUGAUGUCAAAGAUGUCACAAAGGCAGUUCGAUCAUCCAAGGAGUCACUUGUGGCCCCUCUCCAAAUAAAAACUGUUUCCUUUGCUGAAUGCAGCAGUGACUAUCAAGACUACACCCCAUGCACAGAUCCAAGGAGGUGGAGAAAAUAUGGUGUUCAUCGGCUUACUUUCAUGGAACGCCACUGCCCUCCAGUAUUUGAAUUUUCUACUUGUUUCAUCGAGGAAAAAAAAAACAAAAAAGUUUCUCUGAGUAUACCUUGUGGAUCUGGUUUCAGGAAUGUGCCAUAUGAUUGGAUUAACAAGCAGAAAUCUAAUCAGAAUUGGCUAAGAAAAGAAGGGGAGAAGUUUCUCUUUCCUGGUGGAGGAACUAUGUUUCCUAGAGGUGUAUCUGCAUAUGUUGAUUUGAUGCAAGAUCUUAUUCCGGAAAUGAAAGAUGGGACUGUUCGAACUGCCAUUGAUACUGGGUGUGGGGUUGCAAGUUGGGGAGGUGAUUUGCUAGAUCGGGGGAUUUUAACAGUUUCUCUCGCCCCAAGAGAUAAUCAUGAAGCUCAAGUUCAGUUUGCCUUGGAACGUGGGAUUCCGGCAAUCCUUGGCAUCAUUUCUACACAGAGAUUUCCUUUCCCCUCAAACUCGUUUGAUAUGGCUCACUGCUCAAGGUGCCUCAUCCCAUGGACGGAAUUUGGUGGAAUUUACCUCCUUGAAAUUCAUCGUAUACUCCGCCCUGGAGGUUUCUGGGUCCUAUCUGGUCCACCUGUCAACUACGAAAACCACUGGCGUGGAUGGAACACAACCAUAGAAGAGCAGAAAUCAGAUUAUGACAAGUUGCAAGAACUGCUAACUUCAUUGUGCUUCAAAUUGUAUAACAAAAAGGAUGAUAUUGCUGUUUGGAAGAAAUUGUCAGAUGAUAGUUGCUACAAUAAACUUAAUGAGCCGGAUGUCUAUCCUCCUAAGUGUGAUGAUAGCCUUGAACCAGACUCAGGAUGGUACACGCCAUUACGCUCUUGUGUUGUCGUUCCUGACCCAAAGCUAAAAAAGUCAGCUUUGAAAUCCAUCCCUAGAUGGCCAGAGCGGUUGCAUGUUACACCAGAUCGUAUUUCCGAUGUGCAUGGUGGGAGUGCUAGGGCUUUUAAGCAUGAUGACAGCAAGUGGAGGGUACGAUUGAAGCACUACAAGAAGUUGCUCCCAGCAAUUGGGACAGAUAAGAUCAGAAAUGUUAUGGACAUGAACACAAUAUAUGGAGGUUUUGCUGCAGGAACGAUUGAUUAUCCUUUGUGGGUCAUGAAUGUGGUCUCUUCCUAUGCUGCAAAUACACUGCCAGUGGUCUAUGAUCGGGGCCUUAUUGGAACUUACCAUGAUUGGUGUGAAGCUUUUUCUACAUAUCCCCGAACUUAUGAUCUUCUACAUCUUGAUGGCCUCUUUACUGCAGAAAGCCACAGAUGCGAAAUGAAAUAUGUACUCUUAGAGAUGGACCGAAUCCUGCGCCCCAACGGGUAUGCAAUAGUUCGAGAAUCCAGCUACUUUGUGGACGCUGUUGCGACUAUUGCCAAAGGCAUGAGAUGGGGUUGUCGCAAAGAAGAUACUGAGUAUGGCAUAGGGAAGGAGAAAGUAUUGAUAUGCCAGAAAAAACUCUGGUAUUCAUCAAAUCGGACUUCUAGAUGAUGAACAUAGAAAACCAAACCAAGUUUGAUCUCUUGGAGGGCCGGAAAUAGGGUUAGAAGCAAGUUCAAUACCAUUCACAGAAAAUUAGUUCACUUCAUUCUAUAAGAAGCCAAGAAUAUUCAAAUUUUAUCAUGAAGACUCAGUUACCCAAUAAGGUGCUUUCAUUAACAUAUAGGAUUUGCGUAUAGAUAUAUUUUUUUAAGGUGUCAACAUGUACUUGGUAUAAUUUCCCUUUCCUCCUUUUCUUUUUCCAUAUUUCAUAUUUUUUUCCUCUUUUCAUGCCAAGCUGUAAUAGAAUGAUUUGGAAAUUUGUUUGUAAGGGGUUUAUAUGUACCAAAAAAUGAAACAGCAACGGGUUUAAAAAUUAAGACCCUGACAGCUUGUUAUUGUUUUAGAAUCUUAAAUGAACUUUGCUUUUGUUUUAUGCAGUCACGCUACGCUGCAAUUUUA